UCGCCAAGUUCAGCGUAUUGGUGGCUACGUUGGUGAACUUUGCAGAACCCAGCCCGCCUCCCCGCUACAGCCCCUGGGUCAGUCCCUGGGUGAGGCAGGAACCCCGAGCGCACCCUUGCGAUGGGAUCUUCGGGAGGAACGCGUCCUGGCACUCGAGGGCGGAGGCGGUGGGCGUGGUGGUCGUGGGCGGAGGCGUGUCGGGGCUGACGGCGGCCAAGACGCUCAUAGACAACGGCGUCAGCGACGUCCUGAUCCUCGAGGCUCAGGACCACCUUGGAGGGCGAGUGCGAACCUACAGGCAAGAGGGCGUGGUGGUGGAGGAGGGGGCGGAGUGGAUCCACGGAGGCUGGAGGAACCCCGUCUACCGCGUCGCCGUCGCCAUCGACGGAGUGGACACGCCCCUGCCCGACGACGCCUUCGACUGGCGGGUCGUGACCCAGGACGGCGCCGCGGCUGACAAGUCUCGUUAUGAUGUGGUGGAAACCCUGAGGGACACCUGCGAGAGGUCUGACGACGUUCUCCUGGCUUACUACGGUCUUGCUUACGGCCAGUGCUUCCUCGACAAGUUCUCGGGUGAAUAUGGCACUGGUUACGACUCGCCCGAAGGAGAGGGAUGGCUGCACUACCUCGAGCAGAUCGUGAAUGGGGAGGAAGGUACGGAGAGUUGGCUGGACAUCGCGGCCAGAGAAGCGGACAAAUACCCUGACCUCGGCUACGACCACCAGUGGAAGAGUGGGUAUGAUACCCUAUUCCAGUUCUACGAGGCAGUCAUUCCAGCAAGCAAGAUUAGGCUCAACAGUCCCGUGUGCCGAAUCCUGUGGGACGAAGGAGACGAUAAGGUCCUGUUGGUGACGCAGAGUGGCGACUCCUACUUGGCUUCGCACGUCAUCUUCACCGCCUCCUUCGGGCACCUCAAGGAGCGACACACCAACAUCUUCGAGCCGCCGUUGCCCGAGUCCUUCAGCGUGCACUUCGGGCAUAUGGAUCUGGGAGUGUCGAACAAGAUCCAGCUCGGAUGGACGAACCCUUGGUGGGGAAGCAAACCCCUCGACCUCGACAUCAUCUGGACAUCCCAGGACCUCCCUCUCGACAGGUUGUGGUUGUACGACAUCGUGAACGUGGCGAGCGUGCACAGUGACCCCAACGUGCUGCAGAUGUUCAUCAUGGGGAAGGACUCGAAGAACAUGGAGAACCUGCCUGCCGAAACCGUCCUAGAACACGUCAUGUACCUCCUGAAGAGAAUCACUCUGCAGGACAUCCCCCAGCCUGAUUUCUUCCACAGAACGAGUUGGUACAAUAAUCCCUGGACUCGCGGAGCAUAUGAGACCUACAUCACCCUCUGGGGCGACCACCAGGGGCUGAAAGGGCACGAUCCCAUCACGGUUCCUCUGAAGAACUCGCAAGGAAGACAGGUCUUGAUGUGGGCGGGAGAACACACCCACAGCACCCGCUACGGCACAGUCGACGGGGCGUAUGACACUGGCGAGCGAGAAGGAUACAGACUCCUCGACAUUCUCAAACCAGGAAGGAUUGUGUAAAUAAAUACAUCCACGUGCUUU